AUGGCUGAAGAAGAACAUGAAUUUCAAUUAAGUGAAGAUCAAAUUAGUGAAAUUCGCGAUGCAUUUAAUAUGUAUGAUAAAGAUAGAAAAGGUGAAAUUCCAACAUCACUUCUUGGCACAGUCAUGAAAAAUCUUGGACACAAUUUGAAACCGGAUCAAUUAGCUGAAUGUGUUGAUGCAGUCGAUGGUGAUGGUAGUGGUACUGUUGAUUUUGAUGAGUUUCUUGCUUUGAUGGCCAAGAAAACAAAAGAAGCUGAAGAUGAACGAGAAUUACGUGAAGUAUUUCGUGUAUUUGAUAAGGGCAGUCGUGGUGUUAUCGAUGUAGCAGAUUUAAAAAUGAUCUUUAAGGCACUUGACCCCGACAUGCCGGAUGAUGAAGUUGAACAAAUCAUUUCGGAAGUCGAUGAAGAUGGUUCUGGCACUGUUGAUUACGAAGAAUUCUACAAAUUAAUGACAGGUUAA